UGUUGCACUUUUGUAAAAUUGCCACUGAUGUAUGAACGCUGGAACAAAAUCAUGUGACGGUGGAAAAAUGCAUUAAAUAAUAUAUGAAGAUUUCUUAAAUAUUGAAAUGGGAUUUAUUCGAACCGCCAACGUACUGAUUCUGAUUUUAUGCCAACAUGUUGCAAACACGUGUUGCUGGUCUUGCCCGCUGGGCUGGAUUGAGAGACCGGACAGUGUCACGUGCUACCGAUUCUGGGACGCCCGCAAGAUGACGUGGGACAGUGCGCAGAGCACGUGCCAGGCGUACGGGGGAAACCUUGUGCAGCUAAACUCGAAGGAGGAAAAGAAAUGGAUCAUAGAAGAGGUGAGCAAGUAUCCGCCCAGUUACGAAUGGUGGAUCGGACUUCGGAGAAAUCAGGAGAACGAAAGCCUAUGGCAAUGGAUUGACGGCUCAUUCAGGAACGAAUCCAACAAUAACAUAUUGUGGGGAUCCGGGGAGCCGAACAAUUUCCGUGACUCAGAAGACUGCGGCGAGAUUUGGGACAAUCUUCUCAACGACAAGGACUGUCGCAUCCCGCUACAGUCCAUAUGUGAGAGGCCUAAAGAAUCACCUCUGCUCUGCGAUGUAGUUCACGGCUGGUUUGACCUGACUGUUGCCGGCGCCGACACCGCCUGCUUCAAGAUACUGGACGGCGUAGACAGCUACGCGGACGCUGAGGCUGCAUGUCUGAAGGAAGAGUCCAUUUUGGCGCGCACUGAGAGCCGAGAUGUGCUCGUUGCUCUGACGGCCCACCUGACAAGCCACGCACCGGCCUCUACUUUCUGGUUACCCUAUAUGCUCUAUACCUCGGGCACCCCGUCUUGGAGAUUUCCCGGAAGUGACGUCGAUGUGACGCCACAAUGGUGGUUAGCUGAAACGCCGGAAACGCAGACAUUGAUAGAUGAAAAGAAACUGUGUGCCGUGGUCAACGCAAGUAUCGAUGAUAACAGAAAUUGGAGCCCAGUGUCAUGCGACAGUCUGAAUACAGCCGUGUGUCGCAAGCCCAUCGGGGACUGUCCGGCCGAUUACAUCCGGUUUCUGCAAUGGUGCGUCAAGGUUGUGGACGAUCAGGCGCUGACAUGGUGGGAGGCAAGAAGCUUCUGUAACCUCAGAGACACGCAGUUACUGCGAAUUAAAUCAUCUGAUAUGCAGUACAUUGUCCAAAAAGCAGAGCAGUUCUUCUCCUUCAAUACAUCCAUUUGGCUGGGAUUUGCGGCAAACGGCUCCGACGGGUGGCAGUGGUUUGACGAAAUAGACUCGAGAAAUGCUUCCUUUGGGGACUUUGAAAACGACAAAGUAGAGAGCAACAUUCCGUCUGCCUCUCACUGUGGUAUCGUAACAGCCAACGGCACGUGGAGCACGGCAGACUGUGGCAGCACUUCUGUAGGGACCGUCUGUCUAGGAUGUGCCGCCGGCUCCAGGGGUGACCAGUGCAAUGGGUACAGAGAGCCCGGACCCGGGCCGACACUAAAUUUAUUGCCCAAGUAUGUCUGUCCAUUCGGCUUCACCGUGAAUUCUGCGGAUUGUUACCGCAAGGUUCCCGGGGGCACAGUCGACUGGUACACUGCGCGGGGUAUUUGUGCCGCGGAGGGGGCAUUCCUGGCCUCACCGGUAUCCGAGGAACAUCGCCAGUAUCUUCGCCCCAUUAUUACUGAAGAUACGUGGACGUCACUUAACGAUCGAGAAAUGGAGGGUCGCUAUGUCUGGCACGACAAUACGCUUAUGGUUGGGCCAGGUGAUUGGGCUGCUAACGAACCCAACAAUUACGAGAUCGGUGGUACCUACUCUGAAAACUGUGUGCUCAUGAGAUACACGCGUGACGUCACGUCGCGGGGACGCUGGAGGGACGUACCCUGUAGCUUCAAGGCAGGGGUCGUCUGUCAGAAGAGGGCUGAGCUUUUAGCACAAUGA